GGGACCUCACUUGCACCGAGGAUCCGCGCUGCGCCCCAGUCGGUGGUGAGCCGGCAGCGAUGGCUGCGCAGAAGUCAGCUCCUGCUGAGGCUGUGCCCACACCUUCUCCAGAAACACAGGCAACAGAAGCAGCUCCUGCCUAUGUGUUGCGAGCGGACAUUGGAACGGAGCACACAGGGCUCCCCUGCCCACCCAAGCGGAAGUCCUGGCUGGGUCAGCAUUUCUCCAUGCUGCUUAGGCGAGACCGGCAGGCCCAGAAGGCGGGGCAACUCUUCUCAGGGCUCCUGGCACUCAAUGUGGUGUUCCUGGGUGGGGCCUUCAUCUGCAGCACGAUCUUCAACAAUGUGGCUGUCACUCUGGGUGACGUGUGGAUCCUGCUGGCCGCCCUGAAAGCUCUCUCCCUGUUCUGGCUCCUGUACUAUGUGGCGGGCACCACACGGCGGCCCCAUGCAGUGCUGUACCGUGACCCUCAUGCUGGACCCAUUUGGGUGCGGGGCUCCCUGGUGCUCUUCGGCAGCUGUACCAUCUGCCUGAAUGUGUUCCGCAUUGGCUAUGACGUGAGCCACAGCCACUGCAAGUCAGAAGUGGAACUUGUCUUCCCAGCCAUCGAAAUUGUGUUCAUGAGUGUCCAGACCUGGGUGCUUUGCAAACACUGUAAGGACUGCAUUCAGGUGCAGACCAACUUUACCAGGUGUGGCCUCAUGCUGACCCUGGCCACAAACCUGCUGCUAUGGGUUUUGGCUGUGACCAAUGACUCCAUGCACCGUGAGAUCGAGGCUGAGCUCAACGCCCUCGUGGAGAAAUUCUCAGGUAACGAGACCAACACCUGCCUAUGCCUCAAUGCCACUGUGUGCGAGGUCUUCCGGAAGGGCUACUUGAUGCUCUACCCCUUCAGCACUGAAUACUGCCUCAUCUGCUGUGCAGUUCUCUUUGUCAUGUGGAAGAAUGUGGGCCGCCGCUUGGUAGCCCACUCAGGUGUCCACCCCAACAGACCACCCUUCCGCCUGCACGGGGCCAUCUUCGGGCCACUGCUGGGCCUGCUGGCGCUGGUGGGUGGUGUGUGCGUCUUCGUGCUCUUCCAGAUCGAGGCAAGUGGCCCUGACAUCGGCCGCCAGUACUUUACCCUCUACUAUGCUUUCUACGUGGCCAUCCUGCCCACUAUGAGCCUGGCAUGCCUGGCAGGCACGGCCAUCCAUGGGCUGGAGGAGAGAGAACUGGACACGCUCAAGAACCCCACCCGAAGCCUGGAUGUGGUGCUGCUGAUGGGCGCUGCACUGGGUCAGAUGGGAAUUGCCUACUUCUCCAUAGUGGCCAUCGUGGCCACUCGGCCCCACGAGCUACUCAACCAGCUCAUUCUGGCCUACUCACUGCUGCUCAUCCUGCAGCAUAUCACCCAGAACCUCUUCAUCAUCGAGGGACUGCACCGCCGCCCACUCUGGGAACCCACGCCUGAGGACACAGUGGGGAAGCAGGAGGCUGAGCUGUAUCGCAGGGGCUCCCUGCUGGAGCUGGGCCAGGACCUGCGGCGGGCUUCCAGGGCCUAUAUCCACUCCUACAGUCAUCUCAACUGGAAGCGGAGGAUGCUCAAGGAGAUCUCUCUCUUCCUCAUCCUCUGCAAUAUCACACUGUGGAUGAUGCCCGCAUUUGGCAUACACCCAGAGUUUGAGAACGGGCUGGAAAGGGAUUUCUAUGGCUACCGAACCUGGUUUACCAUCGUCAACUUUGGCCUGCCUCUAGGGGUCUUCUACCGCAUGCACUCUGUUGGGGGGCUGGUGGAGGUCUACCUGGUGGCCUGAGUGCAGGGAACCCAACCACAACACAACUCCCAAAGUGUCAAGGCCGAGAAGGAAGCCUGGAGUACCUGAGCAGAUACAUCAUGUCAAGAAGAGCAGAAACCUGCCUGGGGCUCCCAAAGCUACCUUCCCUCAGCCUGACUGAAAGGAGAGGGUACUGCCUGGAGCUCAAGACCAAGGGCAGCAGAACCCACAUGGCAGCUAAUUAACUCCAGUUCCAGGGGAUCUGACACCCUUCUGGCC